CACAUGUCCACCUGUGCAUGUUUUCACAACUUUCUCCUUUUCAGACCGCCAUGGCUUCUCCUUCUUAAAACCUUGUUCUUGCUUCACUUCGUUUUCAUACACAACCCACAACGACCCUUGUCGAAAACAAUGGCAUCUGAGCAAGAAAGGAGAGACAACACGACUAAGGAGAGGGAGACUCAUCUGGAGGUGGAAAGAGUCCCCAAGAUGACGAGCCACUUUGAGUCUCUCUCUGAGAGAGUGAAAGGUGGUGAUAUGGCCAGAAGUGAAAGUACAGUCCCUCCGAGUGAAGAGGGAUCUGGGAAAGGAGGAGAAGCACGAGGAGGGGAGUCAAGAGGGCCUCGUGCCAUAGGGAAGUUCGAAAUGAAUGUUGGAGAAGAGAAGGGGUCCAGUAGAGGAGGAAGCGAAGAACGAGAAGUUGAUACAGAGAGGAGUAGCAAAGAAGGUGGUCGUGAUGAGGAGAAAGAAACCACACCUUCACUAGAAGAGAUCUCCAAGUUCAGAGAAAAGGCGCAACAGAAUUCGAUAGAGGCUAUUAGGGCCGCGGAAGAGCGGUACCAGAAGGCCAAGGAGCUGGGUGCGUCGAAGUUGCAGGAUGUGAAAGAAUCAGUGGCUCCUCGAGUGGAAUCUGCAACUACUUAUGCCACAGAGAAGGGUGCCCAAGUAAAGGACACAGCCUUAGAGAAGAGUCAACAAGGCUACACCACUGCCAAGGACACCCUUGUAACUGCAGGCAAGACUGCAGCGGAUUACACAAAGCAAACAGCUGAGCAAGGGAAGGACUACACCUUGCAAAAGGCCACACAAGCCAAAGAUGUGAGCUUGGAGACUAGCAAGGGAGCUGCGGAGUAUGCAGGGAAGAAGGCUGCGGAGUUGAAAGACAAGGCAUUGGCCACUGGAUGGGGUGCGGCUCAUUACACUACUGAGAAAGCUGUGGAGGCUACUAAAGCAGCUGCAGGUGCUAUUCAGAGUACUGCCGAGUAUACGGGUGAGAAGGUGGUAGACUACACUGGCAGGAAAAGGGAGGAGGCUCAGCAAGAGUUGGCAGCCAAGCAAUCACCUGAAACCAAGGGAGAGAGUGGAGGCGAGGAAACUAGGUCUGCAAUGCCAGAUCAAGGAAAGCCAGAAAUGUCGCCAAGGGGAACUGAACAUAAGAGCAUUGAAGGCGUUGGCGGAGUGCUGGAAGCUGUUGGCGAAACUGUGCUUGAAAUCGUACAGGCAACUAAAGAGCUUGUUAUUGGGAAGGAUCAAACUAGAGCAGGAGAGAAGGGUGGACAUGGAGGGAGUCCAAUGGAAAGCACCAAAGCGGAACUGAGAUGAGAGAAAGGGAAGAAAGAUGCGUCACAAAUGCGCGGGGAGAGAAGACAUAUUAGACUAAAUGAAGGUUUAUGCGAUAGAUUCUGUUUGUAAAUAUUGGAACCCCUGAGAAUAAAAUCUGAUUAUGUGAUACAAGUUCGGAACCA